UUCGGCCACGGUCGGUUCCACGAGAGAGGGGCAGCCAAGACACACACAGGGAUCGGCUGGCUCUGUUGGAAAGACAGCUACAGAGAAAUAAUUCUGAAAUCCAACAAACAAUGAAACCGAUCGAAUAAGGCUUGUGACGGAACCGCACACCUGUCACGUUAACAAAGCCGUUCGAUGAUAGUCCAGAUCACAGGCAGCAGAUAGCGAGCUGUGUCAUUGAGCAAGCAGGACACGUCAGGAGAAGAAGAAAAAAAAAAAGAGCUGACCGACUGUAGUCAGCUACUAAAUCGCCUCUUAAAGCUCUGCCUGCCGCACUCCUUGCUUCAAGGACACCAUCUGACUCUCAGACGAAAGGAAGAAACGCGACAAAGACAUCGCCGAGGUCGAAGGUGGUGAUCGGAAGGACCAAAGAGAUCACGGGAUAGCAUUUGUUUCAGGGGGAAAAAACAAAUGGGGGAUUACGGGUUCGGAGUUCUAGUUCAAAACAACACUGGCAACAAGUCUGCAUUCCCGGUCCGAAUCCACCCGCACCUGCAGCCCCCACACCACCACCAAAAUGUGUCUCAGAGCCCCGCCGCUUUCAUAAACAGCACCACCACCACGGGGAAUGGCACCACGGGCGGCUCCCCGUGGCUCUUCCCCGCCUCGGCGGCCCACAACAGCGUGCAAGACGAAAUCCUGGGAGGGGCGGAGAAGCCCAAAGCACAGCAGCAACAGGAAAUGCAAGAAACGCAAGAAAAGCAGCAGCAGCAGUUGUCUCCCGGGGGCCACCAGGACGGGGGGAGCGGCGGGGGGAUCAUUUCGGAACUGGAAAAGGCCCGCUCGGAGGAGGCCAAGACGGAGAACGGCACGUCCGAGGGCGGCGGCGGCGGCAAAGACAAGCAGCUGCGCCUGGAGUCUCCCGUCCUGACCGGCUUCGACUACCAGGAGACGUCCGGCCCCGUGCAGUCCAGCGCCACCUCGUCGUCGCUCACCGGCUUCAACAACUGGUCGGCCGCCAUCCAGCCGGCGCCGUCCACCAUCAUCAACGAGGACGUCAGCUUCUUCAACCCGGCCUCGGCCAGCAACGGCCCGCUGCUGUUCCAGAACUUCUCGCACCACGUCAGCCCGGGCUUUGGCGGCAACUUCUCCCCCCAGAUCGGACCGGCCGCCGCCCUGUCCCAGCACCACCCGGCCCCUCCCCCGCACCCCCACUUCCAACACCCCCACAGCCAGCACCAGCAGCACCGGCGCUCCCCGGCCUCCCCCCACCCGCCGCCGCCCUUCCCACACAGGAACCCGGCCUUCAGCCAGCUCCCGCAUUUGUCCAACAGCCUGAACAAGCCUCCGUCCCCCUGGGGUCCGGCCAGCUACCAGAGUCCCUCUCCCUCCCCCGGCUCGUCCACCUCGUGGAGCCCCGGGGGGGGCUACGGCAGCGGCGGCGGCGGCUGGGGAGGGUCCCAGGGCAGAGAUUAUCGCCGCGGGCUCAACGGCGGGAUGACCCCCAUCAACUCCAUCUCGCCGCUGAAGAAGACCUUCCCCAACAACCACGUGGCGUCCCAGAAGUAUCCCCGGAACAGCCCGGCGGGCUUCAACCCCAAGUCCUGGAUGGACGACGGAGUGGGCCGCAACGACAACAUUUUCCCCUUCCAGGAACGCACCAGGUCUUUUGACAGCUUCAACAUGAAUACUCUGGAGCGCUCCCUGAUUGACAUCAUGAGGGCCGAGCAGGACAACCUGAAAGGUCACCUGGGGUUCCCCCACGCCGGAGGGGACAACCCUCUCCCCCUCAACGCAAGGAAUUAUAGCAGGAGACGAGGCCACUCCUCCCUCUUCCCCAUGGAGGACGGUUUCCCUGACGACGAGCGUGGGGAUCAGGGUCUGGCUGGCCUGGGCUCCCCGCACUGCUUCCCCCAUCAGAACGGCGAGCGCGUGGAGCGCUACUCGCGCAAGGUCUUCGUCGGGGGGCUGCCGCCGGACAUAGAUGAAGAUGAGAUAACUGCCAGUUUCCGGCGCUUUGGACAUCUGUUCGUGGACUGGCCUCACAAAGCAGAGAGCAAAUCCUAUUUCCCCCCUAAAGGCUACGCCUUCCUGCUUUUCCAGGAUGAGAGCUCUGUGCAGGCUUUGAUCGACGCCUGCAUCGAGGAGGACGGCAAGCUGUACCUCUGCGUGUCCAGCCCCACCAUCAAAGACAAGCCGGUCCAGAUCCGCCCGUGGAACCUGAACGACAGCGAUUUUGUGAUGGAUGGAUCUCAGCCCCUGGAUCCCAGGAAAACCAUCUUCGUGGGAGGAGUUCCUCGCCCCCUCCGCGCAGUGGAGCUGGCCAUGAUCAUGGAUCGUCUGUACGGCGGAGUUUGCUACGCUGGCAUCGACACAGACCCAGAGCUGAAGUACCCCAAGGGAGCGGGGCGGGUCGCCUUCUCUAAUCAGCAGAGCUACAUUGCCGCUAUCAGUGCUCGCUUUGUACAGCUGCAGCAUGGAGAAAUCGAUAAACGGGUGGAAGUGAAGCCAUACGUGCUGGACGACCAGCUGUGCGACGAAUGCCAGGGAACCCGCUGCGGCGGGAAGUUCGCGCCCUUCUUCUGCGCCAACGUCACCUGCCUGCAGUACUACUGCGAGUACUGCUGGGCGGCCAUCCACUCGCGCGCCGGCCGAGAGUUUCACAAGCCCCUGGUGAAGGAGGGAGGCGACCGGCCCCGCCACAUCUCCUUCCGCUGGAACUGAGCGGGGGACGACAGGGAGAGAG